AUGGAACAACCUAAACCCAUUAUCGUUCAAAAAGAUUUGCAAAGUUCUAUAAUGAAAAAGGACACCAAUACAAAUUCUGCUUCUAAUAAUAAUGUCAUUUCCUCCUCUACCCAGACAGAUCAGGCUACUAAAAGUAUUAUGAAUGUUAGCGGCACUUCCGGCGCUGUUGUUAAUAAUACACCCGAACCUGGCUUGAAAAGAAUACCCACUGUCACCUUUAGUGAUACUCCGUUAACAUCAACUAGUAAUCCCACUGCUGCCAACACCGAUAAUUUAAAAGCUAUUUUUACUUCUGCUUCCCCAAUUACAAGUAAUACUGAAAAUGAGAACGGCAGUAAUGGUAAUAUACUUAGAAGACAAACACCAAUACAACAGCAAGGUAACCAUGAGUUUGGACAUAAUUUAUCUCCCAAAUCAGAUUCUUCUGUUACUACUAACUCUUCUGCAACCAGUGAGUCCCAUAAUAACAAUAUAAUCAAUAUGAUUGCUUCCAAAUUACAUAAUUUAACCACAGUGACAUCACCUAUACAUGUUCUGAACAAUUCUAAUUCUGGUAUCAAUACGCCUACCAAUGCCACCAUAAAUUCUACGGAAAGCUAUGGCAAUGACAAUGAUAAUGGCAAUAGUUUUAAAACCCAAAGCAUAAAUAAUAAGAUAUCAAAGGAUGUUACUAGCAGUACCCCAACUAAUAGCACGAAGGAUAUUAACGGAAACAUUAACAAUGAGCAUGCCCAUUUUUUUGUGGGUGACUCUUUACAUUCACCACCAAUACGAUCCGAGACAGGUAGCCCCAUUUAUACGAAUGUCAAAAAGAAGCUUGGUGCAUUAAAUGAGAAUAACGAGGUUGAUAGCACUAAUAUAGAUAAUGAGCUUAAUAAGUCGGUUAAAAACAGUACAGAAAUAAGUGUAAAACUUCGUGACCCGGUUACUUCUUCUAAUAUUACAAAAGUUCCAGAAACAAAUGAUAAAAAUAUAGAAAACGGGGCUACGACACCUACUUCUGGUAUUAACAGUAAUAUAAUUCCUAAAAGGGAGAACGCCAAAAACCUAGAGCCUAGGCUACCUCAAAAUGACGGUAAAUUACAUAUUUUAUUUGGAGCUUGCGGUUCAUUGAGUGUUAUGAAAAUUAAAGGUAUGAUCAAGAAAUUGGAAGAUAUAUAUGGGGGUAAGGAUAAGAUAUCUAUCCAAAUCAUAUUAACUGAGGCUGCUGAGAAAUUUCUAUUGAAAAAAAAGUCGUAUGCGAUGCAAAGUGCCACGAUCCCGGCACAUACGCCUACAAGAAACGCUGCCGCUAGCACACCAAUUUCUGCUUCUGUUCUUUCUAAUACUGUUUGUAAUACUUUAAAUUUUGAUUUCCCCCCGCACAUCCAAGUUUGGAGAGAUAAUGAUGAAUGGGAAGUUUGGAAACAAAGAACGGAUCCGGUGUUGCAUAUUGAAUUAAGAAGAUGGGCGGAUAUUUUAGUUGUUGCACCAUUGACGGCUAACACGUUAUCUAAAAUUGCCAUUGGUUUGUGUGACAAUCUAUUGACCAAUGUAAUUAGAGCUUGGAAUCCGAUUUAUCCUAUUUUUUUGGCCCCAUCUAUGGUGAGCAAUAGUUUUAAUUCACCGAUCACUAGAAGACAUUUAAAAACUAUUAAGGAGGAAAUGGAUUGGAUUACUGUGUUUAAACCAAGUGAAAAGAUUUUUGGGAUUAAUGGCGACAUUGGGUUGGGUGGUAUGAUGGAUGGAAACGAAAUUGUGGAUAAGAUUGUAAUGCAGCUUGGUGGUUAUCCUAAAACAGAUGAGGACGAAGAAGAAGAUGAGGAUGAGGACGAAGAAGAAGAUGAGGAUGAAGAUGAGGAUGAUACUAGCAAUGGUGAUUCCAAAAAGGCCAAUAAUGGGGGUGAAGAUGAAGACGACGAAGAUGAUGAUGAAGAUGAUGAUGAUGAUGAAGACGAUGAUGAUGAAGAAGAUGAUGAUGAAGAUGAUGAUGAAGGAAACCAAAUAGAGAUAACAGAGGAUAAGAAUAAUAUUACUGCUGGCUGA